GACUAUGCGCCCUCUUGCAUCGCAGCGUGCCCCGACAUCUGUCCUUAUCUGGACAAGCUCAUCAUGCAAGCCCUCAGGGGUAUGGACCCACUGCCCUACAUUUGCGACAACAGCGUGGCGUUCCUUUGCAUGGAGACCACGGAGUGUGACCACCUGCUUGACAUGGCAGAGAGCUACAACCUCUUCCGUGUGCCACGCAACGAGCAGGAACUCCAG